AUGAUUCAGACCACGUCAACCCGACAGGACUCGAAGGAGAAUGACUCAUCUCCAGAUGUGGUGGCGCAGUUGUCAAAGGCAGUUUCGUUUCACCCAAGCGCUGCUCAUCAGACCACGCGCGGAUUGAAUUCCAAAAACUACUCUUAUUUUAGCGAGAGUGCGUGGGAAUCUCGUGAGAGUAACUCAGGGUAUUAUCAGGAGCAACAUGCUGACGCUGACGAGGGUAUACGUCACGGCCUCUAUCAGAGGCUCUACAGGUUUUACAAGGUAUAUAAUCCCCAAAAAAUAGACCGCAUUGAAGAGUACCUUACAGCUUACAAAGGGAAGGAGGAACUACUUAUUGCGACACUGACCGGCAAGUAUGGUCCGGAGCCUCCAGAUACGGCGCCUCAGUUAAUGAGUUCAACCUGCUCUAGUGAGAAUGCCUCAAUUAUGCACGACGGGGGUAAACGUUACACAUUUCCUGCGUGUGUCUCUCCCCAGCAAGGUAAUACUGACUGUAAAACCCCGUAUUGGGGCAACUUUAACCUGAUUGGUGAGCGUGAUGUUCUGGGACUACUGUGCAAUCUUGACACCACUAAUGAGGAGCUGCAAAAGUGUUACAUUGGUAUACUAGCUCAGCAUCCGAGUAGUUCGUGGAAUGGCAUGACAUACAUUACCCGUGCUAGGGAAGUGGCUUCAGGUGGUACUUCUUUUUUGGGACAUAUUUGGGCGGGAAGUCUUUCUAGUCAAAAAACACUUGUGCAUGAAGGUGCUGUGUAUCAACGAGCAGAUUUGUAUUGUACGGAAGAAUGCCAGCGCAGUGGGCCGCAUGAACGCUGGAAACUGAGUAUUUAUAGUAGUGAAGUGAACUCGCUUCAUUUAUUUCGAGUCGUUUGGGAUCCAGUGAUUUUCUUGGAACCUCUUCCUUUUAGCCGAUCAGCAGCUUCUUUGCAUUCCUCAUUUGAGCAAGGCUCUCUGAUGGGGUCUAGCGCAAGCCGUUUUCAUUUUUGCAGUGAGGGAGCAGAGCAACCGCGGCAGCCCUCUGUGAGUGGAAUAUUGAUGGGUAUCAUGAAAUCCCUAGAAAGAAUUGAAAGAAAUUUUUGGACGCGACUGGAUGCAUUGGAUGCAAAAAUGUCCUUAUUGGAGUCAAGGCUCUCUAGCCGGGAAACCGCAUCCCAAAACAAUGCCAACAGUUAA